AUGCCAGGUGAGAGGCCAACAGUAACACGCACAUCAGAUGUGGGGCGCUUUCCUGGUGCAGCCCCGCCCACCAGGGUGGAGUUGUCCAUUCACAAGGAAGGGGAAAAAACAGAGGAGAGUGCCUGCCGCCGCUGGUUUAGGAAAAUGUGUCCAUGCUGCUGUAAAUGCCAGAAUAGCUCCACCUAUGACAUCACUGAUAAGGUGGAAGUGGUGAACCCUCCCACCCCUGUUCCAGAACUUGAUGGGCCAAAGCAUGAAAAUGGAAAAAGAGAAAAUGGAGAAUCAAGGGAAAUGGAAGUCAUGAGGCUGUCUGUGUCCUUUGUGGAUCUGCUGAGCUCCAAAAUGGGCAAGAACAGACAGGAGCACCAUACUGACUUGUACCACACCGAAGAGCUGGUCAUCCGUAGAGGACAGAGCUUCCAAAUAGAGAUAGAGCUCAACAGGCCUUUCAAUACUGAAACUGACAAGCUUCACCUGGAUCUGAGAACAGGUCCACUACCACUUGUGUCCAAAGGGACCCAUAUCAUCAUCCCACUGGUUGAUACCUUGGACAAUAAACAGUGGGGGGCUAAACUUGAAGAGCAGAAUGACAACAAGGUUAAGUUGUCUAUCAACUCUUCGGCCAGUGCUGUGAUUGGUCUUUAUGGUCUGACAGUCACAACUUCCUCCCUGAAAAAUGAAACUCUGAAUACUUAUACAUCCAGCAAGAACAUAAUCAUGCUCUUCAACCCCUGGUGUACAGAGGACACGGUAUUCCUGGAUGAUGAAGAGGAGAGAAAUGAGUAUGUAUUGAAUGACACUGGAAGAAUUUAUUAUGGAACUGAGAAGCAAAUUGGUGCUCGCACAUGGAACUUUGGUCAGUUUCAAGAGGGAAUUUUGGAAGCAUGUCUAUUUGUUCUGGAAAGGAGUGACAUGCCCCCAUCAGGUCGGGGAGAUGCUGUUAAUGUUGUCAGGGUUAUAUCAGCCAUGAUAAACGCCCAAGAUGAUUAUGGGGUUCUGAUUGGAAACUGGUCAGGGGAUUAUUCUGACGGAGUGUCUCCGGCUGCGUGGAGCAGUAGCGUGGAGAUUUUGAAGAAAUACCACUCAUCAAACGGAACCCCUGUGUCAUAUGGGCAAUGUUGGGUCUUCUCCGGAGUUACGACUUCAGUACUCCGUUGUCUUGGCAUACCUGCUCGCAGCGUGACCAACUUUCAGUCCGCCCACGACACUGAUGUGUCCCUCACAAAUGAUGUCUAUUUUGAUGAGGACAUGGAGCCAAUCGACUACCUCAAUAGUGAUUCUGUCUGGAAUUUCCAUGUAUGGAAUGAUUGCUGGAUGGCCAGACCAGACUUGCCCAAUGGUCAUGGAGGCUGGCAAGCUGUUGACUCAACCCCACAGGAGACAAGUCAGGGUACCUUCCGCUGUGGCCCUGCCUCUGUCACUGCAAUCCGCUCUGGCCAGGUCUACCUCAAACAUGACACGCCUUUUGUCUUUGCAGAGGUCAAUAGUGACAAGAUCUACUGGCAAAGGAAUCUCGAUGGUACAUUCAGCCAGAUCCACAGUGAGAAGAAGGCUGUUGGCCACUGCAUCAGUACAAAAGCAGUUGGAUCUGAUGAUCGGGCUGACAUCACUCAUCUGUACAAGCAUCAGGAAGGUUCAGAGGAGGAGCGUAUUGCUGUAGAGACUGCCAGCCGUUAUGGGAGCAAGCCAGAUGUUUACUCUUCGCCAAUGGCAGAGGAUGUCAGAGUAGAGGUGAAGAUGGAGGGAGAGGGGCCCAGGAUGGGGGCAGAUGCCCAGCUUAGCAUUGUGGUGAAGAACUUGAGCUCUGAGCCCCGUAGAACUACACUUCACAGCCAGGUGGCUGUUAUGUACUACACCGGGGUUUUGAAGGGCACAAUCAAGAAGGAACAGUUGCCAGUAGAGCUUUUGCCCAAUGAAGAGAAGACCAUUGAGUGGAUACUGCCUUACCAACAAUACCAAAACCAGCUAGUGGAUCAGGCAGCACUGAUGCUGACAUUGUCUGGGCGAGUCAACGAGACCAAGCAAGUGUUGGCUAGCCAGACCUCCUUCAGACUCCUUACACCUGAUCUCAACAUCACGCCUCUGGGAAAAGCUGUGGUUGGUAAAGAAAUGGCAGCCAAGAUCACAUUUACCAACCCACUACCAAAAAUGCUGAAGGAUGUUGUCUUCAGAGUGGAAGGACUGGGUUUGCAGAAAGGUCACGAAGUGUUUGUUGGUGACGUGAGCGGUCAAGCCACCGUUACACUAACAGAACACUUCAUCCCAACCCAACCCGGGCCCAGGAAACUGGUGGCAUCUCUUGAUUGCAAACAGCUAACACAAGUGCACGGAGUGGCUGACAUCAUUGUUCUUGAACAGUAA